GCAUGACUGCAUGUUGUGACCAUGCGAGCAAUGAAUGACAGAGGUGUAGAUUGAAGCGUUUUAAGACGAUAAUAUCGUGAAUAUAGAUCUGUGAACCGUAACAGGGUUUUGUCUAUCGUAGUUGUUGUGAGAUUUCUUUUGGUUUAUAAGUUAAGGUGCCACAAGCUUUGGCAUGACAGGGAUAUUAUAGACUACUUUCAUUUUCUUUAGCCAAAACUAUGCAGCUGUCCUGUUCGAGUAGACUUUUAAGAGUAGCACGUGUUAAACUCGUUCACAGGAAUAUAAUAACAUCAGAUGACGGCGCGCAACAGAGCGAAUCAGGUUCGGGUUGUACGCCACGGUCUGACGCGCGCACGCUUUCAGAUGGCGAUAAACUCAUUCACAAACUCCACGUGGACGCGUGUAAAGCUGGGCAAGAGACGUACAUUGACACUGUAACUGGCUACAAGGUGUUCACUGAAUUUGCCCAUAAGAAAAGAGGAAAAUGUUGUGGGAGUGCAUGCAGACAUUGUCCAUACGGACAAAUUAACGUGAAGGAUCCAUCAAAGAAGAAAACCUUCAACUCGUUGUUUUAUGUGUAGCUGUUAACGUGAAGGUCCACCGAACGGCUCCCGUACUGAAUUUAAACUUCAUUUAAAGCACGCUCUCCGUUGACUCCGUUUGAAAUGAUGAAAUACGCUACACCAGAUGUGCAACCCACACUCCAGGAAACGUUUUGAAUCGCGUCUAUCCUCUGUGAUUUGAUGUACAGGAGUUUGGAGGCUCUUCUGUCCACAAGCGGGAAUUUUUCUUGUGUGAAUAUUCAUAUAGUUACAUGCAAUCUUAAUUUUAACAGCUGUCGAUUUUGACUAGGCUCUUAAUGUUAUGACCAAGAAAGCACCAUUGAGAAUAAAGGCUUCGUAUCAUAUAUAUAUAUAUAUAUAUAUUGGUAACAUUACAAUAAGGUUGUAUUUGUUAACAUUAGUAAAUGCAUUAGCUAACAUGAACUAAUAAUGAGCACCUACCUACAUCAGGGUCCCGUGACAAGGGAGCCCACCAAGUCCUUUUUUGUAUUUGUUUCCUUGUUACAGUGAUAAAGUAUAAGAAGCGUAUAAUGAUGUGAUUAUACAUCAAAUGAUGGAUUCAUAUCGAUACCAAACAUGUGAAAUCCAUCACGUUCAUAGAUUCUGUGUGGUACCUCCUGGCUAUUACAGUAUGUGCCUCUCCAAUA